GGAUCGGUUUGCUCGUUUUUACCACCAUCUGCUACUCGGCGAUCCAUUGUUCUUCCUGAUUGCUCCAAAAUAGAUAGGUAUAGCAUUCAUACCUUAUGCUCGUGUUCGUCUUUUCGACCGUUCGAUUCAAUCGAUUAGCGCCUUAUCACUCAAACGCGCUUCUCCUAGCUGAGUCCUAGCUCGGUUAUUUUAAUUCAGUCGAAUACAGUGAAUGGCGUGUCAACAACUUUCUAUCGUGACAGCUUGCCUUCUGUAUGGGAUUAUCAUGCUAAAAUCAAUUGAAAGUCACGGCUGUUCGCUCAACAGUGAGGGACUACGCACGAAUAGCGAUUAGAGAAGAGACAAACAAGAUCUUUUUCAUCAAUAGUCAUCGUCAUCUGCAGUAAGCAGUUUCUCAAGAGCGCCACCGUGGUUUGUUCUGAACUUGCGCUAUUAUACAGUUACCAAGUCCUGUAAGUACAUCAACAACACCACACUUCUUGCCCGUUUUUUAUUUGACACGUUACACGUAUUUACACAUACCAGGCUAGCAUAUUCGAAUUUUCACACCUCCAAUUGAGGUUAGAAUCGAUAUUUUGACAGUUAGUCACUCGAUAUAAGUACUUAUGUACCUAUAAGUAGACAAAUAUCGUGGGUAUUUGAAAAUAAUGUUUAAAGCAUGUGAGUCUUUUUCACAAGUACUAUCUAUUUGCAGUAUUUUUUACAGGAAUUAUACACUGUAUGAACAAGCAACCAUUCUCCUACGAGACUCCCCUCAUUUUUCUAUAACUUCUCAGCUUUGUAGGCUUAUCUCUCGUGGCCUUGACUAAAAAUCGUGUUGUCAUCGACCACUCGAUUUUUCCAACGAUUCAAGCUUGCCGAUACAUAACCAAUUAACCAAAUCAAUUAGCAGGAGAAUAACAUCACGCGCAUUUUUUCCGAAUUCUAUGCUCUAUUUCUAGAUUUUAUCAAACAUUUUGUGUAUGCUAGUUCAAUUGUUCAUCUUAUUUUAUUUUUUUCAAGUUGAAACAUUUGUUAAAGUUGUCUUCUCAACAACUACAGUAGCAUUAGACAACAAAUACAUGUCUACUGAAUGAUUUUUAGCAGAGGUAUUUUGUAGACUAGUUUAAUGGAUGCAGAAGAUGAGUAUUUGCUUGGGCAAAGUUGCAAUAGUUCAUUUCCUGAAUAUGCCACCAGUUCAUCAUGCGAUCCAGGAGAAGAAAGAGAUAAUGAUGUUAACACAGAGAAAUGUGGAGACCUCGAGGAUAUGUCAUUUUAUAUGUCUACAUAUAUCAGGCGUGUUAUGAAAAUGAUGCAUAUUAUGCGCAGUCACCAUAUGCUGACUGAUGUUGUGUUGGAAGUUGGUUCAGAAUUAUUUCAUGCUCACAAAGUCAUCCUUGCUGCUGCCAGUCCUUAUUUCAAAGCCAUGUUUACUGGAGGACUAAAAGAGUGUGAGAUGACAAGAGUUAAACUACAAGGUGUAUGUCCUACAGCAAUGGCUAAACUGGUCAAUUUUAUGUAUACUGGCAAUGUACGUAUUACAGAAGUAACUGUCUGCUCUCUAUUACCUGCUGCAACAAUGUUUCAGGUAUCCAGUGUUGUUAAUGCUUGCUGUACAUUUCUUGAAAAGCAACUGGACCCCACAAAUGCUAUUGGCAUUGCGAAUUUCGCAGAACAACAUGGCUGCUCACUUCUUCAAAGCAAGGCAAAUCAAUUUAUAGUUCAACACUUUAGUCAGAUUUGUCAAGAAGAAGAAUUUCUCCAAUUGUCUGCAUUACAAUUAGUAUCCCUUGUUCGCAAAGAUGAGUUAAAUGUACAAGAGGAACGGGAGGUGUAUAAUGCUGUUCUCAAGUGGGUAAAGUACAAUGAAGAAGCUCGUGGACCAAAAAUGGAACAUAUUUUACAUGCUGUUCGAUGUCAGUACUUGACACCUAGUUUUUUGCGUGAGCAAAUGAAACAUUGCGAAGUUAUGAAGAAACUUCCUGCUUGCAGAGAAUAUUUGGCACAGAUUUUCAAAGAACUAACAUUGCAUAAGAAACCCAUUGUUAAGGAAAGAACGCCAAACACGCCAAGAGUUAUUUAUAUCGUAGGUGGCUUUUUUCAGCAUUCAUUGGAUUUAUUAGAAGGAUACAACGUUGACGAUAAAAGCUGGACGACCCAUGCCAAACUAUUAGUUCCCAGGUCGGGCUUAGGAGGAGUAUUUCUUAAGGGCUAUUUUUAUGCUAUUGGAGGCAGGAAUAAUACUCCAGGCCAUAAAUAUGACAGUGAUUGGGUUGAUCGUUAUAAUCCUGCGACCGAUCAAUGGAGACCCUGCAGCCCAUUAACCGUUCCGAGAAAUCGCGUUGGCGUUGCUGUUAUGGAUGGUUUAUUGUAUGCAGUAGGAGGAAGUUCCAAUACCGAAACUCAUCAUACUGUUGAGUGCUAUGAUCCUGAAAAUGACACGUGGACAAAUAUAAAGCCUAUGUGCACUAAAAGAUUAGGAGUUGGAGUGGCUGUAGUAAAUAGGCUUUUGUAUGCUAUAGGAGGGUAUGACGGAACUGAGCGUUUGAAUUCGGUUGAAUGUUAUCAUCCUGAGAAUGAUGAAUGGAACAAAGUUGCCCCCAUGAAUACCCGACGCUCUGGCUCUGGUGUUGCUAGUAUCGGGCAAUAUAUCUACGUUGUUGGCGGCUACGAUGGCAAUAGUCAACUUUGUUCAGUUGAAAGAUAUGAUACCGAAAAAAACACUUGGGAAUAUGCAAGUCCGUUGAGAAUUGCCCGCAGUGCUUUAAGUUUGACUGCCUUAGAUGGCAAACUUUAUGCAAUGGGCGGAUUUGAUGGAACAUCGUUCGUUAACAUCGUCGAGAUUUACGAUCCAUCAAAGGACAGAUGGGAUGAAGGCAAACCAAUGACUUCUGGUAGAUCAGGACAUGCCAGUGCCGUCUCUUAUCAACAUUGUUCAAUUCAUUGUGAUCACUUAGAUGAUAACAUUAAUAUACAGAAAGCACCAUCGUGACAUUAGCUAAUCAUUACUCUGAAUAUCUAAAAUGUUCAGUUAUGUUUCUAAAAUCUCUAAACUCGAUAUUAUAUUUUUUAAAGCCGGAUAAUCUAUCCAUUGUAUUUUACAGCAUACAUUUGCAUUGCGUAGUAUUAAAAAUAAUGAGCUAUAACCUAUUUUCAAUAUAUUAGGUUAUACCUCAUUGUUUUUAAUUUCUACCAAAGUUGUAUUUUAUAAUUUGAAAAUAACUAAUACUUUCAUUAUACAAUUUGUCUAGUAAUAUAUGUUAUGACAAAAUUAUUCUCAAGACUCAAUAUAAUUGAAUAAAAACAUAUAUAAUAUAAUAAAACACAUUAAAACAAUCGAAAGCGAUUUAUUAUAUUAAAAAAAUGUAUUAAAGAGCAUUUUAGAAAGUUAUAUAUUUAUUAGAAGAUUCUACUUACAAAGUUAAUGUUAAUUAAGUUACUGUAAAUUUUAUAGACUAUGUUAUUCUUAUUCGUAUAUAAUUAUUGUUAAUCGAUACAGUUGAUUGUUAAUCAGCAAAUAUACAAUAUAAAUUAUGCGCACCGGUGCUAUUUAAUCAAAAUAUUUCUACAUAUAUUUUAUAUGAAAAAAAUCGAGUAUGUAAUAGUGAUAAGUAAUUAAAAAAUGUAGCUGAUGCGUUAACGACAUAAUUAAAAAUUAUAAGUCGGCGCGGGAUUUAGGAGAAUGAUUAAAAAUAUAUUUUAUUUAUUUUUCUAGAAAUAGCAUAUUUUGCAAAAUAGCACAAAGUAGGCUUUUUUCAAACAAAUGAAAAAAUUACAGUAGCAGUAAAGUGUAUGUUUUUGGAUACGAUUUUUUUUGGCAUACACGCACGUACACAUCCACACGCAUACACACGUACAAACAAUUUUACGGAAUUAUUUAUUUUUCGAUGCGUCAAUAACGAAGGAUCAUAUAGUCUAAACGGUUGGUAUGUUGAUAAGUUAGUCUAAUAGCAUAUACAAUUAAUUAGCUUUUAUAGAUGAAAACAAAAGGAAUAAAAGUGUUAAUAAUUAAAGUGAUUUUGGAUUAUCAAUAAAUGAACAACUUGUUUCAUACUAAAUUAUAAUGUACUGUGAAUAAUAUUUCUACAUAGUAUAUAAAGUAAUGCGUUUGCUCAUUCAGCCUCUUGCUUUACAUCAACUUAGUAAGAGCGUACACUCAGAGAUACCAGUCUUAUAUAAUCAGCACAUGCUCGUAAAUAAACUCAAUACGUCAUAGCUCAUAUACACGUGAAAUGUACGUAUGUAGGUGUGUGUGUGUGUGUGUGUGUGUGUAGCAUGUAAAAUUACUCAUAUUUCAACAAAAAGAUACAUUAUAAAGUUUAUUUAAAGAUAAAAUCAAAAUAAGUUUUACAACUAGUUCGUACUUGUUCGCACAAUAGUAAAUAAGUAAAUAUAAAAGUGUAUUGUAUUUUUGUAAAAGAUUUUAACAAAUCUGUAAUAUUCAUGUAAUAGAAAUAAAUAGCGAUACAUAUUUUCUAUUUUAUUGAUUGAAAACUCAUCGAAAUGUAGA